GACCCCGCAGGGAGCCGCGGUACAUUGUGGGAGGGCAGAAGCAUGGCGGCGCCCAUAAGGCAGUCUCUGUUUGGGGUGGCGAAGGGCUGGUGGCGGUUCGAGGGGCUCUGGGCCGGUAGCCUGGGUUCUCGCAGCCUAGCCCUUGCGGCUGCACCCUCGAUCAGCGGGUCUCCAUGGCGUCUUUUGGGCGCGGUGUGCCUGCAGCGGCCACCGCUGGUCUCGAAGCCGCUGACCCCAUUGCAGGAAGAGAUGGCGGCUCUAUUACAGCAGAUUGAAGUAGAAAGAAGUUUGUAUUCAGACCAUGAGCUUCGUGCUUUAGAUGAAGCCCAGCAACUGGCAAAGAAGAAAGCUGACUUGUAUGAUGAAGAAGGAGAUGAACAGAAUGUACUGCUGACGCAGGAUAUGGAAGACGCAUGGGAGCAGAAGUUCCUACAGUUCAAACCUGGAGCUCGUAUAACAGAAGCCGAUAAAAAGAAUGACCGAACUUCACUGCACCGGAAGCUAGACAGGAACCUUGUUCUGUUGGUCAAAGAGAAGCUUGGAGACCAGGAUGUUUGGAUGCUUCCCCAGGCAGAGUGGCAGCCCGGGGAGACCCUCCGAGGAACAGCGGAACGAACCCUGGCCACGCUCUCAGCUAGAAUUCUGACUCCCUUGAAGGUCCAGACGGCAUCUGUUCCUCCCCAUCAUCCCAGCACUCCACAAAGUGCCUGGCUCACAGUAGAUGCUCACGGAAUGUUUAUUGGACAUGUAGAUUUGGCAUCAAUGCUGCUCCAUUGGCCCUGUCGCCAGCACAAGCGCCUGCUAACAAAGCAGCAGCUGCUGUGUGCCCCCUUGCUCCUUGCCCACAAGGGGCCUGUGUGGCCUGUGAGAGUGGGAGCGAGACACGAUGGAGUGUGUGGGGACCUUCCCCGUGCUCCUGUGGUCUCUGCUGUCCUCUAGGUGGUGGCGUCUGGGUUUCUCACCGGGAUCACUGUUCAGAUGCUCAGCUUCCCUCACACACACGACGGCCGCUCCGCUGUCCCUCCUGUAUGCCACGUGGAAAGGGUUUCUACCGCGGAACCCAGUGUCCUUGUAAUGUGCCCGCUGUAAUAAAUAGAUGCGAAAGGAAAGCUAUGAAAGAGAUUUUGACAUUAAACAGGAGGAUAACAAAUAAAACAUGUUCAUUUAUUGCGGAGUUAUUAAAAUGGCAAAUAAUAGAAAAUAAUUAAAAUGGCAAAGGAGAACUCAAGAAAUGUAAAAAUGUGUAUAUGUACAUCUGUGUGUGUGUGUGUAUGUGUAAGAGUCCAUUUAUUUCCUCCUGUUGGCACCUCUCUUCCUAAGUCCUGCAAGACGGAAUUCCUUGAGGUGGAAUUAAUGGUCAAGGAGGGACACAUUGACGUUUUCCAUGGGUCUUGCCCACUUGUCCUGCAGAAUGUACAUACCGUUGGGCAUUCAGGAGGGUCAUAGAGCAGUGCACAUUUGUCUCGACCCCACCGACACAUGGACGAUUCUUUUUAAUUUUUGCCUGUCCAAGUCAAAAUGAUCUCUUUUGGAUUCGCAUUUUCCUGAUUGUUAGUGAGAUUGACCAUAUUGUCAUGUGUUUAUUGGCCACGUGUAUUUCUUUGUGAUUCUUUGCUCA